AUCUCGGGGGAUCUGUGAUAAUUGUCUGGCCAUCACACCGACCCGCGGGACUUCUCAAUGCAAUUUUCUAGUAAUAGUGAUUAGCGGCAUCGUAACAAGUAAAAUUCGAUUCGAGUGAAGUCUUUGAAUUAACGCAGUUUCCAUGUGCUCAGGAACCGCAAACCACAUUAUCGUCUAGCCAAGACGCUGGAUUGGCUGCAAAUUUAAUAAGUGGAAGUUCUCAGUUUUCGUCCACAUUUGGUUGGUAAAGUGAAGUGAACCCUGAAAAGGGAAAAUCAACAUGUCGAACUUAUAACCACUCGUAAUUUUGCAAACGCAAAACAGGUUUUAAAAUUUCCUAAAUUCUGAAUCUGAAAUGUCAACUGAGGAGCGAGUUUCCCUUUUACCGCGUCAUUUGCGAGCGCACGGUCGUAAAGGAUCCCUGCUAUAUGGUACCCUCGUGGGAAAGCGGAACUGGAAGCAAUAUGCGAGCUGCGAUAACCUUGAAGCACAACUUCUGGUCCAAUCUUCAAUUGCUGCUGCUUGUAAUAAUAGAAACCCCCAGGAGGAUGCACCACCACCGACAAUACAAAUUGAACAAACCAGAGAAGGCACUUCAAUUUACAUUAAGACGUUCCGGGAAACUCGCAAGGAAAAUAUUUGGCUAACGCUCUACAUCCUUUUGUACGUGGGCUACUUAUGCAUUGGAAGUGUGUUUUUCGAAUUGCUAGAGUCGGGCAUCGAGCAGGAUAUGAGAAGCUCCUACAGGAGCUCAAAAGCUGUUUUUCUUGCGAAAUAUCCCGAAGUACAAGAUGAGGACCUCGAGGCUUUCCUGACGGAAGUUGUGAAAGCAAAUGACCGGGGCAUUUCACCGUUGAGGAACGCUUCGAAUGAACUGAAUUGGGGAUUCGGACAAGCCCUGUUUUUCGCCAGCACUGUGGUUACUACAAUAGGAUAUGGUCGCGUCACCCCACUAAGUCAAACCGGAAAAAUUUUCUGCAUGAUCUACGCGACAAUUGGCAUUCCAUUAACGCUGGUAUUAUUAACGGCGGUCGUUGAGCGACUCCUUCUGCCGGCCAACUGGCUCUUGGGAAAACUCAACGCGAAACUAGGUCACCUCUAUCAGCCCUUCAACAUUCGACUAAUGCAUUUGUCCAUAAUAAUUUUAAUUAUUGCCAUAUUAUUUUUUAUGAUACCGACCGUUGUUUUUGCAAACAUCGAACCCUCGUGGGGCAUGCUGGACGCGUUCUAUUACUGCUUCAUAUCCUUGACAACAAUUGGUCUUGGUGAUUAUAUUCCAGGCGAAGGUGUUACCCAGGAGAAUCGCUCUCUCUACAAAAUUUGUAUUACGAUUUAUUUGGUUUGUGGACUCAUUGCAAUGAUGUUGGCACUAACCGUCUUCUAUGACAUACCCCAAUUGAACCUGGGCCAACUGUUCACAGAAAGCUCGGGUGGUGAAUCUGAAAAGUUGCGACUAUCAGGAAGCAGUGCACCGUGUUAUUCAGGCCCAUCAGGACUAUACAUUCCACAGCGAGACGAGGAAGUCAGACGAGCAGUAGUACGUAUUCGACCCCACGGAGAUGAAUCCCCAAGCCCUGACGAGCCGCUACCACCCACCACACAAAAAGAUGCAAUUCCUUAAGUACUCAUCACUCACGUACUUUAAUUUCAAUAAAGUCUGUGUAGAAUAGUCUGUAAGAGAGACAAGAAGGACCUUUGCUUGUAAAUAGGUUCACUAUGUUUUGAGACUUGAUUCCAUUCAAUCAUCAUUGUUAUUAUUGAUUUUCGCACAAAUCUAGUUUUCCAAGAACCAAGCAAGUCCUGCAGAGAAAUAUCAGAUUUAUAUUCGGGAAUUGUAUGCUUAACCAAUCCGAGGAAACAAAGGUUGUCUUGAUAGUUUUCUCAUCACGAUAAAUCUAAAAUUGCUCAUUGACUCCAGUUUAGGGAAUUGAAAUAUCAACGGUGUAGGACCAGCAAACUCAACACCAAUGUCGUUGCAUGAUACUCAAGUUUUUGCAAUAAUUUACUGCAGAAUCUAAGACUCAACAAAUUUUUAACUUCCAAUUUAUAAUUUCGCUUUGCAAUGAAAACUAUAAGAGAAUGCUAGGUAUGUCAAACCCCGAUAAACUUCUGAUAUUUUUCCUUAUGAAAAACUGAUUGGAAGCUCAUAAUUAUUAACAGUUUUUAAGAGACACUUAGAGUAUUUUUCAAUUGAAUUUUCCUUGAACACGAAUCGAAUAAAUGUGAUUUUUUAAAUAUUUGAGCUCAAGAUUUACACAAGGAUUGCAAAUAUUUCUAUUGUAUAUAAGUAAAUGUAUUUAUUUAUUAAAAAAAAUAUAUCAAAAAAACUAAAUUCGGAAAAAAGCAUUCCGAAAAUGCACGUCCAUUUUGAACAUUAAACAAUUCUAUUCUCACACUCAAGAAAGUAACAUUGGUGCCUAAUUAUUAGGUUUUGACUCAAUAAAAUAAUACAAAACGGGAUUAGAUUUUCCUACAAUGAACAGAUACUUUAUAGAACAGCAAUUCUAGUUUAAUGAGCGUGUUUCCGUGUCCAAGCAAUAGUUCGUUUCCAGUUAAUUUAUUGAACCGUUUUUAUUAGAUUUUUAUUGCCGGACUAGAAGGAAUGCACAAGAUUAGAUUUAAAUGUUGCUCUUUUAACAAAGACAUAGGACAAGAAAAAUAAUUAAAUAUUAAAUCAGAUCAAAAGCAUUGUAAAUAAAACUGAUUUCAAUUUUUUGUUAA